CUCAUCGAAACAUCCCAUUGCGGACAUCACCACCCAAGAUUUUGAGACAACGGCGAACUUAGGCUUCAUCUUAGACGGUCAUUCCAAUUUCUCAACAACUUAAUUCCAUUUUUUCCCAUCAUCAGGCCAAUACCAAACAUACAUCAUGACUACUCCGCAACAACCGAUGAGGGUGCAGCAGGCGCCCACCAUGGACGAAGUGCAGAACAUCAUCAAACUGCAGUGCUCCAUCGUCAUGGCCGACCUUCUCAAGGUCGCGCCCGAACUAAGCAACCCCGCCAAGUAUGAUGAAGCGCUCAAGAAGGCCACCCGAACAGCGCUUAAUCACUUGUAUGACAUCUCGAGUCGCGCCAAACAACCUAAAAUUAAAACAGAGGCCUACGUAGGAUGGCACAUAUCCUGCGUUCUGUGGGCAUAUUUUCACCCGAAGGAGAAAGACUACAAGAAGUGCCCCAUCUAUCAUCUCAAGCCCAUCGACUUCCCCGGAGAACCCGAAUCCACAGCCUGGAACUACUACAUGAUGGGAAGAGAGGAGGCCGCGAAGGAUAAGCAGAAGGAGAAAGGCGACUCGGGUCCAAGUGGUAUUGAGGUAACUGCCAUGGCGAGCACAAACUAUAUAAUCAUGGUCGAGACGAAGGCGGAUUACGAGGAAGCAUAUCCAUUGCUUCACUAUAUCAAGAGAUGCGUGAGACAAUUUGCCCCCGGUAAAGAGUUCAUCCUCCGACUCACACGAGGUCCCAACCACAAGGACAAGGCCAACAAAUCCGAUGCCAACAAACCUGCUGAGGAAGAUUCAAGACCGGCGAAGAGGCCAAGAUGUUGAGCUACGGUGUCUAGCGGGCCGCAUUUAUGGUGUAGUCGGUAGCUCUGUGCGCCUGUCUGCCCGCCGCCAGUAUAGUCGCCGGAGAACAGUGGCCAGGAAGCGACUCCUAGAUCUC